AUGGUUGUUUCCAGUUCUCGUCUCCCAAAUGGGACCGUGAUUGAUAUUGCUCAGAUCGACAAAAUCAAUCUCGCAAAGCUUGAGUUCGGAAACUCGAAAGAAAUUGAGAAGUUACGUUCUGCUGCUGAGUCUGAUGGUGUAUUUUACCUUGACUUCCAUGGGAGCGAAAUGGGAAAUUUGCUUUUCCAGCAACUUGGGGAGAUAUACUACCUAUCCCAGCAGUAUUUCGAUCAAGAUGAGGCUUUAAAGACGAAAGAUAUAAGAAGUGACCAGAAAUCAUCUCAAGAUAGAGGUUACAAAUCCUGCGAAACGGAUCAAACCUUCGAAAUGUCAUAUGACGAACUCGUCAAAGGUGACCUCCGCCUUCCCCAAAGCCUUCAACCCAGCAGACAUACCCUCAAAUACUUUUCCGAAAUAUGCCACAACGCCACACUAACGAUGCUCCGCUCCCUUUCAACCUCACUCUCUCCGGACGAACCAUUCGAAAAAUAUCACCAAAAGUCCAAGCAAAACGAUAGCGGAUUCAAACUCGUCUACGAGCCUUGUAUCCCAAAGAAAUCAGAAGUCUUGGAAAACAAACAUACAGAUAGUGGUACCCUGACGAUCCUAUUCGCUGAACAACUAGGUUUGCACGUACAGCUCGCAGACGGGAGCUGGGGGUAUACCGAUUCUAUUCCUGGGUGCGCUAUAGUUCACGUUGCGGAUUCCCUACAAUUUAUGAGUGGGGGGAAACUCCGGUCUCCAGUGCAUCGUGUUACCCAACCGGUUGACGGAUUCAUGAAGAGGUAUUUCCUGUCGUACUUCUUACGUCCUGAGGACUCAUUCAAGGAGAAGUGCCGUCUCAGGGACUAG